AUGGAAAACGAUCCUCUGGUAGCCCAGAUGGAGGAUUUAGAGCUGGAUCAGUCCACCCUCUUCGCCCAGCCAAGACUGCUCUUCACCCGACCAAAGGUUUACGUCGAAACUUCAACCAACGGCAAGGAGGGAAUGCCAGGCUUCAUCUCCUUGAUUGAAACGACCAACUACGAGCACAUCCUUUCAUGGACACCUGAGGCCGCCAUUCCUGGUCUUGACCAGGAUUCAUAUGUUGACAUCUCCAGCGAGGGAGAGUAUGACUCGUCGAGGUUUGUCGCCCCUCCCCGAACCCCUGAGGCACUUCGUAGCAGGUCUUUUCACCCAUCGGACUAUGCAGUAUCAGUACCCCUGCAGAGCAUCUACUCAUUACUUGUAUAUCCUCCACGUAUCAAAGACCGUCAGGGAUCGAUCAUUAUUAACCUCAUCGGAGGAGAGUCGUUGCCAGCCUUUUAUUUCCACGACGAUGGCCUCUCGAAGGGAAAGGGUCUUCCUGGAACGCCACCUACCUGGGGUGGUCAAGAACUCUUGAAUCAUCUGGAGCAACUGGUCGAAGUUGUCGGCAGCGCCAUCGAGCCUGGUGUCUACCUCGUGAACGCUUCCCGUGCAGAUAAAAUUAACCAUGGAGCUGCGUCCCCAUCUCUCCCAGCAUCAUCACUACCAUCGUCGGGAGUCCAGGAUCAUCCACUCAGAGAAGUUUCUCUAACAGAGGAACACGAAAGUUUGUACCCGGAUAUUCCGAGUAUCAACCAAUCAGCUUCCCCAACUCCCGACACAGCGACAACCACAGCCACAGGAUCUAUUACAGUUGAAGGGAUGCGUCGCCGAAGGUCGUUGACGGAAAAUAGUAGAUCCAACAGUCCAGGAACUGGGCAUCAACAGUUCGCAUCAGCAACAGGAUCCCCCAAUAUCAGCUCUUCCGGUUCAUUCUCUGGUCGACCACGAACACCUAUGCCAUUCGAAAACCACAUCGACCCCCUUGUCAAUACUGUCAAGGAGAUGCGGUGGAACAUUCUUGAGAGAUUUUCGCAGGUCGCCCGAUUCUCGCGGGAUGCAGCCACCAACAUCCUUGACCAUCCUAUCACCAAACAAAUCUUGCCUCCGCACGUACAACAACGCAUUCAUGAGUCCGAAGCAGCCAGGCGAGUUAUGGACGACUAUGACUCUGCUCGAGUCUAUUUGGCCAAGUGGGCCGCAACGGUGGCAGACCAGAGCGACAAGGAGAGGCGGGAGGCGCAGGAGAUGGACAGGCUUCAUCAGGGCCCAUCAGGCACGGGAAGUCAUCCAGCACAUGGCCGUAGCGGACGCCGUAUUAAUGACUACGAAGACGAGGAGGGUCCAUUGGGAGCGUUCAAUGUCCUUGACCUGGAGACCGAGUGCACAAUGAUCCACCACUCCAGAACAGACCCACUCUCUCCUAUGGACUGGUUCUCAUUCUUUGACGACGAGGGACGCCUCAAAGUCUCAGAGGCACAUGUUCGGGAGGUUGUCUUCAGAGGCGGCAUCGAGCAUGACAUCAGAAUCGAGGUCUGGAAGUUUUUCCUGGGCAUCUAUCCCUGGGACUCGACCGAGGCUACGCGUGUGGCUCUUCGCGUAUCCAAAGCUGAAGAGUAUUACGAACUCAAGCGAGAGUGGUUCGACGAUGCAUCUGUUCAGGAAGGCGAAGCCUUCCAGGAGCAAAAGCUCCGCAUUGAGAAGGACGUUCACCGCACCGAUAGGACAAUCUCAUUCUUUGCCUCGGAAACGCUCCCAAACUUUGCAGGAGAUUUCACCGGCGUCGGCUCAAACGAGAACCUGGAACUCCUCAAAGACAUUCUGUUGACGUACAACGUCUGGGCAGCGAAGUCACCCUCAGACCGCGCAGCAUCAACCGACAAGACAUCAACGUCUCUGCCGUCAGAUAUCUUGGAAACCGGAGCAACUUUGAACAGCCCUGUAGAGCCCAACCUCUUGGAAGGCUAUGUGCAAGGCAUGUCGGACCUACUGGCCCCAGUUUUUGCUGUCAUGGGAGACGAGGUGAUGGGCUUCUGGGCCUUCGUCGGACUCAUGGAGAAAACGAAGAAGAACUUCUACCGCGACCAGGUUGGAAUGCAGAGUCAGCUCGAGACUCUCUGCAAAAUGAUUCAAGUCCUUGAUCCCAAGCUUUACAAGCACCUUGAAACAUGUGAGGCUUUGAACUUGUUUUUCUGCUUUCGUUGGCUCUUGAUUUGGUUCAAGCGAGAGUUUGAGUGGGUGGAAAUCAUGCGCCUCUGGGAAGUCCUCUUCUCUGACCACCUUUCCACGCAGUUCCAGCUCUUUGUGGCCAUGGCUGUUCUCGACAAACACCGCGAUGUAAUGAUUGACCAUCUCCAGGGCUUUGACGAAAUUCUCAAGUAUGUAAACGACUUGAGCAUGACGAUUGAUCUUGAAGAGUCUCUCCAAAACGCCGAGGUCCUCUACCGUCGCCUUGAGCACGUUGCGAACAAAGUUGAUGCCAAAAGACAAGAACAGACGAUGUCUUCCGAAAAUGGAGCGGAAGCUACGCCAGAGUUCCCACCUACCCUCAGAAGAUUGAUGAAGGAUACUCCCCCAACAAGCACUAGCACAUAA